CUACAGCGGAGGCGGUCUAUAUUCUCUUGUAAAAAUCGCAGUUUGAAUUUGUGAAGGCGAGACUGAGACUAGGGCAACCAAAGAUGAUUAUUCCGGUCCGAUGCUUCACCUGCGGCAAGGUUAUUGGAAACAAAUGGGACACGUAUCUUGAUCUUCUCCAAUCUGAUUACACGGAAGGAGAUGCUCUUGAUGCUUUGGGGCUUGUUCGUUACUGUUGCAGAAGAAUGCUGAUGACUCAUGUUGAUCUCAUUGAGAAGCUUCUGAACUAUAAUACAUUGGAGAAGUCUGAUACCAGUUGAGGCCUCAUUGGAAUUGAUCGUUUUCUACUUUAAACAAGUGUACUUGCUGGUAAACUCGGUUUGCUUUCUAGAAUGAUAGUAGAUUUAAUGGAAAACAAACAUCAUCUCCUAGUUUAAAAGUAUGUAGAAAUGCAAAUCUCAAUGUUCUGCACA